CCCCUUCUUGCUCCCUUUCUCCCCUUCUCCCCUCUACACCCUCUACACCCUCUCAACUAUCAUCUCCCUCCAGCAAUGAUCAACAUCUCACCUGACUCUCUCACCUGAACACUCCCCCCCCAAAUCAUGGGACUCCGACUCACCCCCAUCCUCCGGCCUCGGCCAUGGACCUGCCGAACAUGCCUGCUGCAGGCCCGUCGCUCCCUCGAAACCGCCGCCUCCGCCCAGCGCAUCGCUGCUGAAUACCUUCCCCACUCCUCCUCCUCCUCCUCCAAGAAAUCCGACGACGAGACCCUCCGCCGCGUCUUCGACUCGCAGCCCUUCUGGCGCGAGUUCUCCCACCGCAGCGCCGCCCAGCUCAAGCCCACCGGCCUCGUCCAGAACCAAUACCUCACCAGCCCCGAUGGCUUCCGCGUCUUCGCCACCACCACCCUGCAGCGCUGCCAGGCCAUCGUCGCCAAGGUGCUGGCCGCCUCCAGCCUCGACGACUACCGCUCCAUGGCCCGCGACCUCGACCGGCUCAGCGACCUCCUCUGCCGCGUCAUCGACCUGUCCGACUUCAUUCGCGUCAUCCACCCCGACCCCCGCGUCCAGGACGCCGCCACCCAGGCCUACGCCCUCAUGUUCGAGUACAUGAACGUCCUCAACACCACCACCGGCCUCAAUGACCAGCUCAAGAAGGCCGCCGCCAACCCGGAGGUCACCACGCACUGGUCUGACGAGGAGAAGAUCGUCGCCAAGAUCCUCAUCAAGGACUUCUCCAACUCCGCCAUCCACAUGCCCCCCCUCGACCGCCAGCGCUUCGUCAACCUGUCCAACGACAUCAGCCAGCUGGGCUCCAACUUCGUCAACGGCGCCGAGCCCGCCAAGUCGCACGUCUCCGUCAGCGCCAACAGCCUGCGCGGGCUGGACCCCAUGCUGGUGCAACAGAUCAAGCGCUGGAACCGCACCGCCGCCGUUCCCACCGCCGGCCUCAUCCCCCGCCUGGCCCUGCGCUCCGUCCACGACGAGUCGGCGCGCCGCCAGGUCUACCUCGCCACGCGCACCGCCCACCCGCGCCAGAUCACCCGCCUGGAGGAGCUGCUGGCCAAGCGCGCCGAGCUCGCUCAGCUCUCGGGCCACGCCAGCUUCGCGCACAUGACGCUGAGCGACAAGAUGGCCAAGAGCCCCGAGGCGGUGGGCAACUUCCUGGCCUCGCUGGCCGGCAGCAACCGCACAUUCGUGCAGGAGGAGCUGGCGCAGCUGCAGCCGCUCAAGGGCGCGGCCGGCCGCCUGCAGCCGUGGGACCACGCCUACUACACGCACCAGCGGGUGAUGCAGCACGCGCAGGCGCGGCGGUCGCGCGAGCUGAGCGCGGUGCCCGAGUUCUUCUCGCUGGGCACGGUGAUGCAGGGGCUGUCGCGGCUGUUCGACCGGCUGUUCGGCGUGCGGCUGGUGCCGCAGGAGACGGCGGCGGGCGAGACGUGGAACGCAGACGUGCGGCGGUUGGACGUGGUGGACGAGGCGGACCGGCACAUUGCCGUCAUCUACUGCGACCUGUUCUCGCGCCCCAACAAGCACCCCAACCCGGCGCACUUCACGCUGCGGUGCGCGCGCGAGAUCUCGGCCGAGGAGGUGGCCGAGUGCGCCAGCACGCUGGAUGCGUCGGCGCACCCCAACGACGGCAUGGCCACGGCGGUCGACCGCGCGGCGCAGACCCUGCGCCAGCUGCCGACCAUCGCGCUGGUGUGCGACUUCCCGGAGCCACCGGCGACGGGCUCCGGCCGCCCCUCCCUCCUCAGCGAACAUAGCGUACGCACGCUCUUCCACGAGAUGGGCCACGCGGUGCACUCGAUCCUCGGACAGACGCGGCUGCAGUCGAUCUCGGGGACGCGGUGCGCGACGGACUUCGCGGAGCUGCCGUCGGUCCUGAUGGAGCGGUUCGCGACGGCGCCGGAGGUGCUGGCGCUGUACGCGCGGCACUGGCAGACGGACGCGCCGCUGUCGGAGAGCAUGAUGCGCGGGAUGGAGCAGGACCGCACGGCGCACGGGUCGAUCUACGGGGCGAUGGAGAACGAGUCGCAGAUCCUGAUGGCGCUGGUCGACCAGGCGUACCACACGCUGCCGGCGCACGCGGCGGCGGUCGACAGCACGGCGCUGUACCAUCAGGUGGCGUCGACGCACGCCACGCUGCCGGACCCGGCCGACAGCAACCCGCGCACGUCGUGGCAGGGGUUCUUCGGGCACCUGUACGGCUACGGGGCGACGUACUACAGCUACAUCUUCGACCGGGCGAUCGCGAACAAGCUGUGGGAGGACGUGUUCGCCAACGGGCAGGCGGCGGUGGACCGGCGGGCGGGCGAGCGGUACAAGAACGAGGUGCUGCGCUGGGGCGGCGGGCGCAACGGCUGGCUGUGCGUGGCGGGCGUGCUGGGCAGUGGGAAUGCGGCCAACGCGGACGGGCGGCUGGUGGAGGGGGGGGAUGAGGCGAUGAGGGAGGUGGGACGCUGGGGAUUGGGGCGGGAUGGUGUGUCGGGAUGA